AUGCCCGCAACCACCCGCCCGCUCCUCGUCGAUGUCCACACCCACAUCUACCCGCCGUCGUACAUGGACCUCAUGAGGCGGCGAGAGCAGAUCCCCAAGGUCAUCAAGGACACGGCCGGCAACGAGAUGGUCGUCCUCCUCAAGGAGGAGGAGGGCAAGGGCGCCAACAGCAAGGGCCGCCCCGUCGGCCCCCAGUACUGGGAUCGCGCCGAGAAGAUCAAGUUCAUGGACACGCACGGCAUCGACGUCUCGGUCGUGUCGCUCGCCAACCCCUGGCUCGACUUUCUCACCCCCGCCGAGGCCGUCGACGCCGCGCGCCAGCUCAACGACGACAUGCAGACCUACUGCGAGACGUUCAAGGCCGACCACGCCGCCGCCGACUCGACGUCGUACUCGGCCCAGACCGGCAACCGCCUCUUCGCGUUCGGCUCGCUGCCGCUCGUCCCGGGCAUCUCGACCAAGCAGGUCCUUCAGGCGCUCGACCAGGUCAAGGGCCACAGCUACCUGCGCGGCAUCGUCAUGGGCACCAAGGGCAUCGGCAAGGGCCUCGACGACCCCGAGAUGGAGCCCAUCUACGAGGCGAUUGCGGCGUCGGGCCUCGUCGUCUUUGUCCACCCGCACUACGGCAUCGAGAAUGCGUUCGGCGAGCAGGACAACGGCCAUGCGCUCGCGCUCGGGCUCGGCUUCCCCUUCGAGACCACCAUCGCCAUCGCUCGCCUCGUUCUCGCCGGCGUCCUCGACCGCCACCCGACGCUCAAGCUCCUCCUCGCGCACUCGGCCGGCGCGCUCCCGGCCCUCUCGUCGCGCCUCUCGUCCUGCAUCGUCCACGACCCGCACGUCAAGGACCGCCUCCAGCACGACUUCCGGUACUACCUCGGCCAGAUGUACUACGACGCCGUCACGUACGGGCCCGAGGAGCUCGCCCUCACCGAGCGCGUCGUCGCGAGGGCCAACAACUACGAGAGCAAGGACGAGCAGCUCGCGUACGUCGACCGCGUCAACGAGCGGCGCGACUUGACGGCGCCCGAGGGCGUCUUCCCGGGCACGGACCGCAUCAUGUUUGGCACCGACCACCCGUUCUUCCCGCCCCUCGAGGGCCAGGGCGACCGCUGGAAGAGCGUCGACGAAAACCUCGACGCCAUCGCGGGCGUCGCAGGGUGGGGCGACGCCGAGCGCGCUCGCGUCAUGGGCGCGAACGCGGUGGACCUGUUCGGGCUCGAGGUCUGA